AUGAAUAGCGGCGUGCGUCUGUGCGUGCUGAUGGCAGUACUGGCGGUGGGUGCGUUGGCUCAGCCCGCGCACCCGGAGGACCCAGCUGGCCCCGGGGUGCAGGGCCCAGAGGAGGCUCCCCGGAGGCCAAUGAGGGCCGUCCAGAGGGUGGACGGCGAGCCCCGAGCGCACCUGGGAGCGCUGCUGGCCAGAUAUAUCCAGCAGGCCCGGAAAGCUCCUUCCGGCCGGAUGUCUAUCGUGAAGAACCUGCAGGGCCUGGACCCCAGCCACAGGAUAAGUGACCGGGACUACAUGGGCUGGAUGGAUUUUGGCCGCCGCAGUGCUGAGGAGUAUGAAUAUCCCUCCUAG